AUGUCCCAGCGAAUGCAGCAUAUUCAUCUGGUCCAAGCCAAUGAUGAAGCUUUCUUUGUCUUCUUUCUUCUAAUUCAGUUCAACGAUCGGAUUAUCAUUAAGCACAUAAGAACAAACAAGGCAUUGGCGCUUGAACCGGAUCAUUCCGCUCGCAAUCUAUUCGGCCUGGACGUGCAAAUCAGCGCUAACACGUAUUAUGAUUCACACAAGGCCGAACGGGAUGUGAACGUAUGGACGCUGCGUGCUGCCGGAACGGUCGAUAGUGAAUCCGAAGUAAAGCAGAUGGUCACUUCCGAGAUGGCAGAAGAUGUGGCGAUGGAAAACACCGUCGCCGAUGGACACAUAUUGCAUACACCAGAGAAAGCAUAG